AUUAAUGGUUGGAAGACGUGGGUUAUCCUAUAAAAAGGCAGUGAUGAAGCUAUAAACACACAAGCGGAAGUGCUAAUCAAACCUACCUACAUACUAGCCGCCUACAAACACAAUUUUUUUCUGCUCCUUUCGAUUAUCAUCAUGUCAAGCAAAUCAGUCUCCAAUCUCACUCCUCCUACAUGGGACGUUGAUAUUAGACACGACAGUAGCUCUUUUCGUGAUGAUGAUUCGUCUUCUUGCAUUCAGAAGCAGCAGAAGAAGAAGGUCAAGCUGUUCGGGUUUGACCUAACGACGAUCGGACCCUGCAAGUACCAAGAUGAAGAAGAAGACACCCCAAAAUCAGAUCUUGUGGAGAGAGAUGAGCACGAGAGCGUGAACUCAUCAAACACGGUCCCAUCUUCAUCGAGAGACAACAAGAGCAAGACACCUCCGGCCAACAACAACAACAACGAGAGAUCACCGUCUGCUUCGACCUCCGACCUGCACGACGACGACCGAGUGAAGAAGCUCUUCGAGUGCCAAUACUGUGCCAAGACGUUCGCGAACUCGCAGGCCUUGGGCGGUCACCAGAACGCCCACAAGAAGGAGAGGAUGAGGAAGAAGAAGUUGCAGCUCCAGGCCAGGAGAGCGAGCCUCAACAGUUACCUCCAAGCGUAUCGAGAUUAUUACUAUUGCAAUUCGAAUGGGGUUCUUAAUUUCGGAGGGUCCAAUGAUGAUCAGUGGUCUCUUGACUCUUCCUCAUGCUAUGUCUCUGGUCCUGAUCAUCAGUUUGCGCUCUGCGAUCAGGCGCCCCAGAUUAGCUUUGGCGACGCGGCAGAUCGUCGAGAAGGUCUUCCUUUCGGAGGAUCGACUCGAGUUCAAACCUGGCAUGCUCCUGCUGUACUGCCGGCUAAUACCGGUUAUUAUCAGCAUAAGAAAUGAAUGUCUGCUGAAACAUGGACAAGGUAGAUCAUCGUUGACAGUUGUAUUGUCAUGUAAUGACUUUGAGAUUUAUUUAUACAAAUUAUUUUGGUCUCUAACUCCAGCAGCUGCAGUAGAUAACUUUGCACGAAGUGUUCAAAC